UGCAUGUGGGGUGUGCUGCAUGUGGGGUGUGUUGCAUGUGGGAUGUGUUGCAUGUGGGAUGUGUUGCAUGUGGGGUGUGUUGCAUGUGGGGUGUGUUGCAUGUGGGGUGUGUUGCAUGUGGGAUGUGUUGCAUGUGGGAUGUGUAGCGUGUGGGAUGUGUUGCAUGUGGGAUGUGUUGCAUGUGGGAUGUGUUGCAUUUCCUUCAUGGUAUUCAGAGCCACAAUGGCUCACGCCACCUCGAUUCGAUCCUAACUAGCACGGCCCUAUGCUGUCCCUCCUCGUCUUCGAACCCGCCCAGCCGGAUGCACCCGCGGGCCCUGCACCUCCUCCUCCUGGCGAUCCUCCCGUCGGCCCCGGCGAUCCUCCAACCUUCGCCCCUGACGUCAACGACCCUCAGAGCUCCGAGACCGCCAUCCGCACCUACCGUGCCGGCCUCACCGACCACGUCCGCCAGCAGCUGCUCUUCGAGGCUUCCCGCGCCGAGCAUGACGCCGCCACUGCCGCCUACAACACGUAUCAGGCGGCGCUCGCGGAGUACGUCAGUCGCGAGCGCGCAUACAUCACCGACCUCGCUGCCUGGCGUGUCGCUGACCGGCGCGCGCUCACCAUCCUCCUCGCCACCAUUCCUCCCACCCUCAAGCGCGAGCUUGCUCCCACCUCCUCCUCCCACCUCUGGCGGCUCCUCACCGAUCUCUAUGAUCGGCAGGACGUCGCCACCCUCUACUCCCUCAUCAAGGAGUUCCAGAGCCUCACCAUGGACUCUACCACCGGCGCAGCUGCCUUCACGCGUCGCGUCCUCGACCUCGCUCGGCGCCUGGCGGCUCUUGGCGUACCGUACCCGGACCCUGUGCUCUGCUGCCACCUCCUUGAAGGCUUGACUUCUGCCUUCGACACCCAUAAGAUCGCCUACAUGCAGCUGAUCGACAAGCGCAUCACCCCGGCUGAACGCUGCGGCCAGACCACUCAUGCCACUGAUUCUUGCUUCAAAGCGCUCAGUGAUGAGUGGUUUGCCCGCGGCAACACCGGCACCCCCCCCCGCUGGUCCUCCCUCUCCCCUCGCCCCACUCCUCAGGAGUCGCAGCUCCCCCUUGCACCUCCUCCUAUAGCUCCCCCCCAGCAGCCCUACCCCGCUUGGACCGCCGGCACCGCCGCUUCCGCAGCUCACCUCUCGGGCGCGUCUCCCGCGCCCUCAGCCACAAGCAGUGUGACUCCCUUCCCCUCCUCUGGUUUUGUUGGCAUGGUUAGUCAGGCUGGAACCCCCGCCCCUUCCAUGUAUUCGGCUGCUAUUAAUGAGAAUGUGAUUCAGUACUCCGUCCCACCUCCUCCCCCACAUCCUCCCCCCUCCACCACGCUGGACUUUGUCCUUGACAGUGGAGCCACCGAGUCCGUCCUUCGUGAUGCUGGUACCCUUCACCCUCUCCCAGCCCCCACCUCCCUCCUUGGUGCCGAUUCCAGCUUCUCUAUUCCCUGUCGCCACACCUCUACCCUCCCCUGUCCCCUCUUCCCCUCAGGUACCGUCACUGGUUUACACAUCCCCUCCCUCCGUACUAACCUCCUCUCCCAGCGAUCCCUGCAGCAGGCCGGUAUCACCACCGUCUUCCCAGGUCGCGCUAAUCAGUGCCUCCUAUACCAUCCCACAGGUCGCCUCCUCUCCCGUAUUCCCUUUUGUCCUCGCUCCCGCCUAUAUACCCUUCGAGUUCCUCGUCUUCCCUCUGCCCAGGCAGUCUCCCGCUCCCUCCUCCCACCUCACAUCUCCCCCCCUCCUCUCCCUCCUUCUAACCCAACCAUUCCCCCCCUCCCCCCUGACCCAACCUGCUCCUGUCGAUCCCUCUCCCAUCCCACCGUCCUCCUCCACCACAGGCUUGGUCACCCCAACUUUGCCACCCUCCGCUCGACCGUCUCCUCAGGUCUCCUUCGAGGUCUUCCCCUCACCCUCCCUCCCCUCCCUCCCUCCCUUGCCCCUCCCUGCUCCGUCUGUGUCCAGAGCAAGCUCAAGCAGCUGCCGCAUCGGAGUUCCCCCUCCGCUGCUGCUCAGCCGCUUGAUCUUGUUCACAUGGACCUCUGGGGCCCCAACCCCUCCCCUUCCCGCCAGGGCCAUCGCUACAUGCUUGUUCUGGUCGAUGAUCACAGCCGAUAUUCGUCCGUCCCCCUUCUUCGCUCGAAGGGUGAUGCUUCGGCUGCGAUCAUCGCCUGGCUCAAGCAGGCGAGCACCCACUUUGGCCGCCCUGUGCGCCGCCUUCACUCUGAUGGCGGUGGCGAAUUCCUUAAUCGUCAGGUAGCCUCCUACUGUGAGCUUCAUGGCAUUCGGCAGACUCACACCCUCCCCCACUCCCCCCAGCAGAACGGUGUGGCCGAGAGCCGUGUUCGGGAGAUCACCAAGAUUGCUCGGUGUCUCCUCGUCCAUGCCUCUUGCCCCCCUUCUCUGUGGGGCUAUGCCCUCCUUCACGCCACCCUCCUUACUAACCUGUACCCCCACCCUAUCCUUCCCUCCACCACUCCCACCGAGCUCUGGACGUCGGCCAAGCCUGACGUCUCCUCCCUCCGUGUGUGGGGCUCCAGGGCGUAUGUCCUCAUUCACCCUGCGGACCGCCCCCGCACCAUGGGAAAGCUCGCCUCCCGUACCCUCCCCUGCAUCUUCCUUGGUCAUAAUCCCUCCUCACCGGACUACCUCUUCCUUCACCCCCCCUCAGGUCGUUUCCUCCGCAGUCGGGAUGUAGUCUUUGAUGAGUCCACACCCUACUAUUCCACUCCUCCCCCCACUGACCCUCUCGCCCCUUCUCCCAGGCCCCUCAACUGGUCCGACACUAUCCCACCCCCUCUUCUCCCUCCCCCUCCCAUCCUCCCCCCCGCUCCGCCUCCUCCAUUCCCCGCCGCCUCGGCCCCUAGUGCUCCCCCCUCCUCUGGUGACAUAUUUGACCCUGACCCUUUUUUUCCCCCCCGCCUCCCCGUCCCACUCCUCCCCCUCCGCUCCCUCCCAUCCUCCCCCCUCCCCUCCUCCCCCCUCUCCCCCGCGACCCCCUCCCCCCUGCGUCGCACCCGCUCCAUCCUCACCCGGUAUCCCCACACCAGGUCGCGUGACGCAGUCCUAGGUGCCCCGCCUCCUGUUAUCCUCUCUUCCUCUACCUUGCCUCCUCUCUCCCCUCUCAUGGACCUCCUUUUUCAGACAGUCUUACAACAAAACACUAGCCCAACCCUGCCGUCGAGCUCCAGUACAGCAGUCCCAACAGCAGCAGCAACAGCUGCAGCAGCAGUUCCACCCACCGCAGCAGCACCAGCAGCAGCAGCCGUCACUUCUUCCUCGCCUUCACCCGCAGCAGCAGCAGCGGCGGCAGCAGACGCAGCAGUGGCAGCCGCCUCAGCAGCAGCAGCAGCAGAUGCAUCCUCAGCAGCAGCAGCAGCAGCAGUCCUCCCAUUCAUUUUCCACUCCUCCCUCCUCGAGGACUCCCAUGAGGAGUUCCUCAACCUCCACAUGCAUGAUCCAGCCGUCCUACCCAUCUCCCCUGACCUCAGCGGCACACCAGUCUUCGCCUUCUCCUCCGCCCCCAUCAUCUUCGUCCCCGCCACGUACAAGGAGGCCAUGGCGUGCCCUGACGCUCACCUCUGGCUCGCGGCCAUCCUCAAGGAGUUGGAGGCGUUUAUUGCCAACUCCUCCUUUGUGGAUGUGCCCCGCCCUCCCUCUACCACGAACGUGGUCAAAGGGAAGUGGGUGUUUCGGGUGAAGCAGCUUCCUGGCGAGCCGCCAGUCUACAAGGCCCGCUACGUCGCCAAGGGCUUCACCCAGCGCUACGCUGUCGACUUCUUCGACACCUUCUCUCCCACCGCCAAGCCCGCUACCAUUCGCGCAGUCCUCGACCUCGCUGCUCGCCUCAACAUGGAGAUUCACUCCAUGGACGUCUCCAACGCCUUCCUCCAGGGGGUCUUGCGCGAGCUCAUUUACAUGGAGCGUCCUGCAGGCUUCCACCUCCCCUUUCCUUCCGACUCUGUCUGGCAGCUGCGUCGGCCGGUCUAUGGGCUCAAGCAGGCACCAAGGGAGUGGCAUGCCAAGCUUGCUGCCACCCUCGCCGAGCUUGGCUUCAGCACCUCCCGUGCCGACCCCAGCCUCUUCCUCCGCACCUCCCCCUCCCCCUUCUACAUCCUCGUCUAUGUCGACGAUAUGAUCCUCAUCACUGCCGACUCCGCCGAGCUCGAGCGCGUCAAGCGUGAGCUUGGUAGCCGGCUCAAGUGUAAGGAUCUAGGGGGGCUGCAGCACUAUUUGGCAUGGAGAUUACCCGCGACCGUGCUGCUCGCACCAUCUCCCUCUCCCAGGGCCACUACCUGCAGCAGGUCCUGGAGCGGUUCGACAUGGCUCGAGGCACCCCUCAGGUCACCCCUCUUCCUGUUGGGCACCAUCUCACUCCCCUCACCUCCCCCUCCUCCUCCUCCCACCCCUACGCUGAGCUCAUCGGCUCUCUCAUGUAUGCCAUGGCCUGACCGCCGCUCCUCUCAGGGCUAUGGCUUCUCUCUUGGCAGCGGCCUCAUCAGCUGGCGCUCCACCCGCUCCUCCUCCAUUGCCCUCUCCUCCUGCGAAGCAGAGCUGUAUGCCGCUACCAUGGCUGCGCAGGAGGCCCGCUGGCUCUCCUUCCUUCUUGAGGAGCUUGGUGCCCCUCAGCGCUGUCCCACCAUCUGGUGCGACAACGCCAGCACCAUCCACCUCACGAAGGAUGCUGUGUUCCACGGGCGCUCCAAGCACAUUGAGCUUCGCCACUACUUCAUUCGCGAGCUUGUGCAGGGUGGCCACCUCCAGCUGGGCAAGAUUGACUCUGCUGCCAAUCUUGCCGACAUCUUCACCAAAGCCCUCCCCCACGCCGCCCACUCAUCCCUCCUUCGCCUUCUUGGCCUCGCUCCCCCCGUUCCCUCGUCCGCCUCCUGCUUCAAGCCCUCUAGUCUUAUGCAUGUUGGGGGGUUGGUGUGUUGCAUGUGGGGUGUCUUGUAUGUGGGGUGUGUUGCAUGUGGGGUGUGUUGCAUGUGGGGUGUGCUGCAUGUGGGGUGUGCUGCAUGUUUUGGUGUGUUGCAUGUGGGAUGUGUUGCAUGUGGGGUGUGCUGCAUGUGGGGUGUGUUGCAUGUGGGUUGUGUUUCAUGUGGGAUGUAUUGAUGUGGGAUGUGUUGCAUGUGGGAUGUGUAGCCUGUGGGAUGUGUUGUAUGUGGGAUGUGUUGCAUGUGGGGUGUGUUGCAUGUGGGGUGUGUUGCAUGUGGGGUGUGUUGCAUGUGGGAUGUGUUGCAUCUGGGGUGUGUUGCAUGUGGCGUGUGUUGUAUGUG